GUGAGUUUGCCCGCCAGCUUGAGGAGAAGGAAGCUCUUGUUUCCCAGCUGACCAGGGGCAAGCAGGCCUUCACUCAGCAGAUUGAGGAGCUUAAGAGGCACGUUGAGGAGGAACUGAAGGCCAAGAACGCCCUGGCCCAUGCUGUUCAGUCAGCGCGCCAUGACUGUGAUCUGCUCAGGGAGCAGUUUGAGGAGGAGCAAGAGGCCAAGGGUGAGCUGCAGCGAGGAAUGUCCAAGGCCAACAGCGAGGUGUCUCAGUGGAGAAGCAAAUAUGAGACUGAUGCUAUUCAGCGCACUGAGGAGCUGGAGGAGGCCAAGAAAAAACUUGCCCA